ACAACACUACCACCAAAACAACAACCACUACCACCACCACCAUCGUCGAGAGCAGAGGGAGGUGACGCAGACAUGGCGGUUCUGGCACAGCCUUUUGACCUCCAGUCCCCUUUGACCGAAAUCGAUAUGUUGCGGGCGCAACAAAGAGAAAAGUCUGCCGAAAUAAUGGCACUGAAGAACGAGCUGGACAACCGCAGGUGUCGGCUGCAGACAAUGGAAACAGUCCACGAGGAAUUGAACGCAUUCAAGACAGACGCCGAGAAGCAGAAGAUGGUGCGGGCUGCUGACAUUCUUGCGAUGGAGAAGGAUUUCCAACAACUGUCGAAAAGGCACGACCGCCUGAUGAACGUUAAGGACUCUGUGAAGGAGAAGAACCGUUUGCUGGAAGAGAGGAUUUCCCAGAUGAGCGUCGAGAACCCCACCAAGUUGUCCAAAGUGCUCAAAGAGAAGAGCCUGUUGGUUCAGCAGCUGAACAAAAGCGUUGCGAAGACUAAACUGAAGUUGAAAAACCUGGAGACAGUUUACAGCCAGAAACUGUUUGAAGUAGAAAACAACUCGGAGCUGGAGAGGGCCAAACUAUUGCAGUCGGUGCAUACGCGGACUAAAUAUGAAUUAAAAAAGAAAAUAGACUCAGCCAAAACGGAAAUGGAAGUUAACCAGAAAGCUUUGAAAGAAGCAGUCAUGGAAAGAAAGAAAAACGAAGAAGAAAAUUUUCGAAGGCGAGACCUGUUGAUUAAACAGAGGUACGAAGCAGAGAGAAGAACUGAGGAACUCUGUCAACAGAUAAAAGAGGUGAAAGCGGACAGAAUGCAACACGAAAAAGAUUACUUGGAGGUGAAGAAGAAAUACAUGACGAUCAAAGGAGGAUUCAUAUUUUUGGUCGGCGCCCCCCAAGCCAAUGAUUCUAACUAUAAGGUGGAGCAGCCUGGUCAGAUACAGAAAUGCCGUUUUUCACUGGAUGAAAACUGUGAACAGUUAAACAUGAGCCUAAGUACGGAGCCAACGAAAAACCAAUGGCUGGGUGUGACUCUUUUAUCAGAGAAGAAGAAAACAGAAGCCAGUGUCAUUGUGUGUGCCCAUCGGUUUCAUGUAGGCACCUAUUUUUCCGGAGUUUGUCACAUCCUGGAAAAUGACUUGACUGGACCCCAGAAAUUCCUAACCAAUGUCCGUGGAGACCAUACAGAAUACGGAUCCUCGCAGACUGGAACCAGUGCCGUGUUUGUGCCAAGCGGGAAAAAUGUUCAAACAUUUGGUGUCGGGGCUCCUGGUGUCCUUAAUUGGCGAGGUACCAUUUAUUCCAAAGUUAUUGCUUUCAUUGGAGGAGAUACAACGACCAAAGAAUCCAAGCUUGGAGACGAAAUCAAAGCCAAUUCCUUCGUUGGUUACUCCAUCACAACAGGUCAGUUCGAUUCUAAAGGAAACUACUAUGCUACAGGAGCCCCACGAUCAAACGGAACCGGGCAAGUACUCCUGGUUUCACAUCGGAAACCUAAAAUGGUAUAUCUGGAGCAUAACGCUCUAAAGACAUUGUCCGGGGACCAGUUUGGGUCUUCCUUUGGUUACAGUGUCGUUGCUGUUGAUUUAAACAAGGAUGGUUAUCAUGACCUUAUUGUCGGAGCCCCAUUUUACCAACAUCCAAAGAAAGGUGGAGCCAUUUACAUUUACAUGGGUGUCCCCAAUGGGGAAAUGAAUGAGAAUACAGUUCCCAUCAAAAUUCUGAGUCGAACAAUGAAUGAACUGGAAUGCCAUACUCUUGGGUGUGAGCAUGGUCGCUUUGGGGCAGCCCUGGCCAAUGCAGACGACUUGAAUCAGGAUGGUUAUGAGGACCUUCUGGUUGGGGCCCCAUAUGAAGGAGAUGGUGCUGUCUAUGUCUUCCAUGGUUCCAAAGAUGGAAUUGUCGAAAAGCCAACACAGAGAAUUGCUGCCAGCAAUUUGCAACACCAUUCUUUCAAGGCUUUUGGUUCAUCAUUUGCAACCGGCAUGGACAUUGACAAGAAUGGUUAUCCAGAUGUUUUAGUCGGAGCCUUUGAAUCUGAUUCCUUAGCUCUGUUAUUAUCCCGUCCGGUUCUAACCCUGGCUUCUAAUAUUAAACUUUCACCAAAAUCCAUUGACUUAAAGGCUGCGAAAACUUGUCCUUCCAAUAUUCCGGCAAAGCAUUGCAUAACAGUUAAGUUAUGUCUAAAGUACACAGCAACAAUUACGUUAAGUGAAACCCCAGAAAUUAAAUAUACAAUAAUUGCAGAGAGAUUUGAUCCCAAAGUCAUUCACAGUCGUGCUUUAUUCCACAAUGAAAAAUCAGCCCCAUCCUUUGAAAUUACUGGUACCAUAAAACUAAAAAGCAAAGGCAACGAGUUCUGUGCUACUGAUUAUGCCUUCCUUCAGAGUUCAUUCCGGGACAAACUGAGCCCCAUCAAAUUUCAGUUUAGCUACAAACUCAAAGGGAAACCUUUAAACCGCAACAACAAGCUUCCGCAAAUCAAUGCUUUCCCAAUUUUGGAUCUAACUACUGCUGAAGAGACUACAGAAAUAAAAGAGAUUGACAUCCAAAAGGAGUGUGGUGUGGAUAAUGUCUGUCAAUCAGAUUUAAGUUUGACGGCCAUUCCUCUUAACGCCACCUUAGACCCAGUUACCAAACGCUAUGUCCUUAGUAGUAAAGACAGCAGUUCUCUACUGAUCCGUUUCACUGUGACAAAUAGCAAGGAACCGGCCUAUGACACCAAACUAAACCUGAAGGUACCAGAAAAUGUGAUUUACCAAGGAGUCGACUAUGGAGAGAGCAAGCAGCCUGUAGAAUGUUCUUCCAAAAAAAAUGACGUUAUUGUCUGUGACAGGCUUGGCAAUCCUUUCCUUUCAAAAACAGAACUGACUUUCAUUGUGAAACUCGUUAUUCAAGAUGCUAAGCCUACAAAUUUCCUCAGUCUUGAAGUCAACUUAACCACAAUAAGCGAGGAACAAACACCAGAAGACAAUCAAGUUGACAUUGCCUUUGAAAUGUUGAUUAUUACUGACAUACAAGUUACAGGCCAAUCUUCCCCUGAACAAGUGGUUUAUACCGGUAAUGCUCUUGGGGAAAGCGCCAUGAAAAAUGAAGAUGACAUUGGUCCAGUUGUCAGCCAUAUUUAUGACGUGUACAACAAAGGCUCCGGAACUGUACCUCAGUCAAAACUCACCAUCGAAUGGCCUUAUGAACUGGCUAGUGAUGAAGACCAUGGCAAACACCUCCUCUAUUUACUGCAGCCACCAAAGGUUGAAGAAGGAAAAGUAACCUGCCGCCAUCCAACCAUCAUUAAUCCUGCAUCAAUCAAAGAUAACCCAAACUCAAUUCUGCGGUUACCUCGCUCGUUUGUAAGUCUUUUCUCUUCCUUUUAUUGCACACACUCGUUACAGACCAGUGUUUUUCAACCUUUUAUUUAUGCAACAGUGACAACUACAUAUGUAUAUAUGUAGGUUUGUAUGUAUGUA